AUGGCGCUGAAAUCUAUUGGUUUGGCGAAGGGAUUUUUGUCCGGCCGUUCACCGACAUUGUGCAUAGCAAGCGGAGCUGUCCAGCAAAGACGGCAUAAGUACAAGUAUGUUGGGCUACAAGAGGAAACCGAUGGGUCAUUCGCUGGUGACCUAAACUAUGGGCUUCAUACAUUAUUCUUUACUGAAUUGUUUCGAGGCUUCGGUGUCAUGCUGGGACACGUUUUCAUGGAACCUGCCACCAUUAAUUACCCUUUCGAAAAAGGACCUCUCAGUUCUCGGUUCAGAGGAGAGCAUGCUCUUCGACGUUAUCCAUCAGGUGAAGAGCGUUGUAUUGCUUGCAAGCUGUGCGAGGCUAUUUGUCCUGCCCAAGCUAUUACGAUUGAAGCGGAGCCUCGUCCUGACGGCAGUCGGCGUACUGAUCGUUACGACAUCGACAUGACUAAGUGUAUUUACUGUGGAUUAUGCCAAGAAGCUUGUCCUGUCGACGCAAUUGUUGAAGGACCGAAUUUCGAAUUUUCUACGGAAACACACAUGGAAUUACUUUACAACAAGGAAAAGCUGCUCACAAAUGGCGACCGUUGGGAGCCAGAAUUAGCUGCGAAUUUGCAAUCGGAAUACUUGUAUCGAUAA